CCGCAACCACCGCUCCACCACACGUCUCCCGACGCGGUCACACUACGACAACGGACGUCAAUCAACCAUCGUCAAUCAUCGAUUCAUCAAUCGCGAACACAUCCAAGCAUCGAUCGGUCCUCAGCCGAGGCGGAUAUGCCCGCUAAUUCCGUCGCGGCCCUGCCGUACAACAUGAAAAUGAAGGAAGAAAACACCAAGCGUAAGGCUACCGAGGAGCCUACCUCUCCCUCGUCGGCGAAGCGAAUUAAGCAUAGCGACUCGACCGAGGAGACGGAGGACACGAAGAAGCCAAAAAUCCCCGCCAUUCCCUUCCCCGAGAAGGCCGCCGUUAUCGAGGAACGCAACGGCGAAAUCGAGUUCCGUGUGGUCAACAACGAUGGCGAACGCGAAAGCCUGAUCAUUCUCACCGGCCUCAAGUGCAUCUUCCAGAAACAACUACCCAAGAUGCCCAAGGACUACAUCGCCCGUCUUGUCUACGACCGGACGCAUUUGUCCAUCGCCAUCGUCAAGAAGCCACUCGAGGUAGUUGGUGGCAUCACAUACCGACCAUUCAAGGGCCGCCAAUUCGCCGAAAUCGUCUUUUGCGCCAUUUCUUCCGACCAGCAGGUCAAGGGCUAUGGUGCUCAUCUCAUGUCGCAUUUGAAGGACUAUGUCAAGGCUACCUCGGACGUCAUGCACUUCCUCACAUACGCCGACAACUAUGCCAUUGGCUACUUCAAGAAACAAGGCUUCACAAAGGAAAUCACACUCGACAAGUCAGUAUGGAUGGGCUACAUCAAGGAUUAUGAAGGCGGCACUAUAAUGCAGUGCAGCAUGCUUCCGCGAGUACGCUACCUCGAGAUGGGCCGCAUGCUUCUCAAGCAGAAGGAGUGUGUUCAGGCCAAGAUCCGUGCCUACAGCAAAUCCCACAUUGUCCACCAGCCCCCCAAGCAGUGGAAAAACGGCGUAACACCCAUCGACCCUCUCUCAGUCGAAGCCAUCCGCGCUUCAGGAUGGAGCCCAGAUAUGGACGAGCUCGCCCGUCAGCCACGCCACGGGCCCAACUACAACCAGUUGCUGCACCUUCUCAAUGAUUUGCAGAAUCAUGCCAGUAGUUGGCCCUUCCUGGUACCCGUUAACAAAGACGAGGUGCACGACUACUACGAUGUCAUCAAGGAGCCUAUGGACUUAAGUACCAUGGAGGACAAGCUUGAGAAAGAUCAAUACAACACGCCCGAGGAUUUCAUUAAGGACGCCAAGCUCAUAUUCGACAACUGCCGAAAGUACAAUAACGAGAACACCCCUUACGCAAAGUGCGCCAACAAGGUCGAGAAGUACAUGUGGCAGCAAAUCAAGGCGAUUCCCGAGUGGUCACACCUCGAGCCUUAGAAGGGUGGAAGUCGUGAGGACCGUCAGAUGGAGGAGCAAGAUGUUGCCCAGCAUGACAAUGACAACUCUGUCACACAUGGCAUAUACGAAAACGUUGUUGCCCAUGUCGACAAUGAUAACGUUGAUGCUGAUCCGGAUUGGAGCGAAAAUCGUCCCGCUACCAGCGCUAACCGCGUCGGUCGACCCCCCAAACGUGGCCGUGGUAGGCCAAGGAUCCACCAGAGAGGGAGAAACACGAACAGGGGCCGUAGCACAUGGACACAGCCCCAAGCUCAGAAAGAACCGAAAGCACAUGAUCAACCAUCUGGAGAGAAGAAGACGGUCACUCCAUUUUUUGAACCCAGGAAAACCCGAGCCACCGCUAAAAAGGAGGAUCUGGU